AUGCCACGGGGCACCGACAGCUACCAGUGCGAUGUGAUCGCUCAGAUUGAACUCCAACUGAGUGGCAACGUGACAUCGUCAUCACUUUGGAGUUACGAACAGGUGUCGUCGAGGCUGUUAGUCGCUCGUCGGUCGCCGCCGCCACCUUGUCAGAAACCUCAUCAACCUCAAGGUCGUUCGCUAUCGUUCUCACUCGUUUCGUUUUCGUUAUGA